AUGGACUCGGGGCGCUCCCCUCGCAGCGAGCCGGGAUUUGUCUUCAAGGGAGAAGACAAAAUAGUACAAGGUUCUUCGUCGGAUCUGAGCUCGACCGCAUCGCCUAGUUCGGGGUUGUCCAAAAAGGACUCCGCCAUCCCUAUUGCACACCAAGUCUCGGACGAAGAUGUGAUCCAACAGCAAUCGUCUCUUGAGAGACAGCUCACGGAACAGGACAUUGCUCGCGUCCUUUCUAAACGACGUAGCGCUGGGUCUGGCUCCGGGGGUGGAGGAGCUGAGGAUACGGCCCAAAUAGCAAGGCUUGUCUCUCGAAUGUUCGGACAGGAAAGAAAGGCCAAUAUAGACGAGGGAAAAACAAGACAUCUUGGUGUGGUGUGGAAGAAUUUGACUGUUAAAGGUGUCGGCUUGGGGGCGGCCCUCCAGCCCACUAUCACGGAUACUCUCUUGGGUCUACCUAGGUUAAUAAAAGGUCUUUUGACGGGAGCGAGGAGGGGCGCACCACUGCGAACCAUCCUGGAUGAUUUCAAUGGCUGUGUCCGGCCUGGGGAAAUGCUUCUAGUACUUGGGCGUCCGGGGUCCGGGUGCUCGACAUUCUUAAAAGUUAUUGGGAACCAGCGAUCGGGCUACAAAAGUGUUGAAGGUGAUGUUCGCUAUGGAGGAGCAGAUGCCGAAAUAAUGGCAGACAAAUACCGUUCGGAGGUUUUGUACAAUCCUGAAGACGACCUUCACUACCCAACGCUCACUGUACGCGACACCUUGAUGUUUGCCCUCAAGACAAGGACUCCAGAAAAAUCAUCAAGAUUGCCUGGUGAAAGCAGGAAGCACUAUCAAGAAACAUUCUUAACGACAAUCGCCAAGUUGUUCUGGAUAGAACAUGCACUUGGUACCAAAGUCGGCAAUGAACUCAUUCGUGGAGUUUCUGGCGGAGAAAAGAAACGUGUGUCCAUUGGCGAGGCUCUGAUUACGAGGGCCAGCACCCAAUGCUGGGAUAAUUCUACCAAAGGCCUUGAUGCUAGUACGGCUUUGGAGUACGUGCAAAGCUUGAGGAGCUCAACAGACAUGUCACAUGCCUCCACCCUCGUGGCUCUCUACCAAGCCUCGGAAAAUCUCUAUAAUCUUUUUGACAAAGUCAUGUUAAUUGAGGACGGGAAAUGCGCUUACUAUGGUCGCACUGAGAAUGCAAAAGCUUACUUCGAGCGUCUGGGAUUCGAGUGCCCUCCUCGAUGGACAACGCCAGAUUUCUUGACGUCCGUCAGUGACCCAUAUGCGCGACGUGUCAAGAAAGGCUGGGAUGACCGGAUUCCCCGUUCGGGGGAAGACUUCCAAAAAGCAUAUCAGAAGAGUGAUAUAUAUAAGUCUGCCAGAGCAGAUACUAAUGACUUUGAAAGAGAAAUCGAAUCGCAGCGGGAGAUGCGAGACCAUGCCAGAGAGAAACUUUCGAAGCAAAAUUAUACCGUUCCGUUUUACAAGCAGGUCCUCAUCCUCACCCAGCGGCAAUUCCUCAUCAUGUAUGGCGAUAAGCAGACGCUGAUUGGGAAAUGGGCGAUGCUCACGUUCCAGGCACUAAUCAUUGGAAGUCUCUUCUAUAACCUGCCUCCGACUAGUGCCGGUGUCUUUACAAGAGGAGGUGUCAUGUUUUACGUACUCUUGUUCAACGCUCUACUUGCCAUGGCGGAGCUCACCUCCCUAUUCUGGAGCCGACCCAUCAUGUUGAAACAUAAGAGUUUCUCAUUCUACCGUCCAUCAGCAUAUGCCUUGGCUCAAGUGGUCGUCGAUGCGCCUAUUGUGUUUGUUCAGGUUACCAUUUUCGAGCUCAUAGUAUACUUCAUGUCUAAUCUUUCGAGGACUGCAUCUCAGUUUUUUAUCAAUUUUCUGUUUGUUUUCAUUCUUACCAUGACAAUGUAUUCUUUCUUCCGGACUAUCGGAGCACUGAGUGCUUCGCUCGACGUUGCCACACGUAUAACCGGAGUUUCAGUUCAGGCACUGAUUGUAUAUACCGGCUAUCUUAUUCCUCCAUGGAAGAUGCAUCCUUGGCUCAGAUGGUUGAUAUGGAUCAACCCAUUGCAGUACGCAUUUGAAGCGAUCAUGUCGAACGAGUUCUACGAUUUGAAUCUUCAAUGUGUCUCACCGUCCAUCUUCCCGGAUGGCCCCAGCGCAAGGCCUGGCAACCAAGUCUGUGCGAUACAAGGGAGCACUCCAGAUCAGCUGGUCGUCCAAGGAUCCAACUAUAUAAGAUCUGCUUUCACUUACAGUCGAUCACAUUUGUGGCGAAACUUCGGCAUCGUCAUAGCUUGGUUUGUUUUCUUCGUGUUUCUGACAAUGCUGGGAAUGGAGCUUCAGAAGCCCAACAAGGGAGGUAGCACAGUCACUAUCUUCAAGAGGGGCGAAGCACCAAAAGUUGUCGAGGAGGCUAUCAAACACAAGGAGCUACCAGAGGAUGUAGAAGCGGGAAGAAAAGAGGCAGGGACGAGCAACGGAUUGCAGGAGAAGGAGUCAAACAACUCCGGCAAUGAGGUCCAAGGGAUCGCACGAAGCACAUCGGUCUUUACCUGGCAGGGGGUAGACUACAUAAUCCCUUACAAAGGUGGGCAGAGGAAGCUGCUACAGGAUGUGCAAGGAUAUGUCAAGCCAGGUCGGCUUACAGCACUGAUGGGUGCUUCUGGGGCCGGAAAGACCACACUUCUCAAUACUUUGGCACAGCGGAUAGAUUUCGGGGUCAUCUCGGGGACCUUUCUUGUUGACGGAAAGCCUCUCCCUAAAAGCUUCCAGCGGGCGACCGGUUUUGCUGAGCAGAUGGACAUUCAUGAGCCUACAGCAACUGUGAGGGAGUCGCUGCAGUUCUCGGCACUCCUUCGUCAGCCAAAGGAAGUCCCUAUCCAAGAAAAGUACGACUACUGCGAAAAGAUAAUUGAUCUGCUAGAGAUGAGGCCAAUUGCAGGGGCUAUAGUCGGCUCUGGAGGCGCUGGCUUGAAUGCAGAGCAACGUAAAAGGCUUACCAUCGCAGUUGAACUGGCAAGUAAACCUCAGUUACUGCUUUUCCUAGACGAGCCGACAUCUGGACUGGACUCUUUGGCGGCUUACAACAUCGUACGAUUUCUUCGACGCCUUGCCGAUGCUGGACAGGCCAUUUUGUGCACAAUCCAUCAGCCUUCUGCCGUUCUUUUUGAACAGUUUGAUGAGCUACUGUUGUUGCAGAGUGGGGGAAGGGUCGUCUACAACGGUGAACUGGGCACGGACUCUAAGAAGCUUAUCGAGUAUUUCGAGCAGAAUGGGGCUAGGAAAUGCUCCCCUCGUGAGAACCCUGCAGAGUACAUGCUCGAUGUUAUCGGCGCUGGUAACCCGGAGUAUAAAGGACAGGAUUGGGGCGAGGUCUGGGCCAGAUCCGCAGAGUACAAGCAGCUUUCACACGAAAUCGAGAACCUCGUCCAGGAGCGCCGUGACAAAGAAGUCGAAGAAGGAAAAGAUGAUAAUCGCGAGUAUGCAAUGCCCAUCUGGGUGCAAGUCCUCACUGUUACAAAACGAAGUUUCGUCGCAUACUGGCGAACACCCCAAUACGCCCUUGGCAAAUUUUUGCUCCAUAUUUUCACCGGACUCUUCAAUACGUUUACUUUCUGGCACCUAGGGAACAGCUACAUUGACAUGCAGUCGCGAAUGUUCUCCAUUUUCAUGACGCUCACAAUAGCGCCACCGCUGAUUCAACAGCUGCAGCCACGAUUUCUUCAUUUCCGCAAUCUAUAUCAGUCACGGGAAGCCAAUUCAAAGAUAUACUCAUGGGUUGCAUUUGUGACGAGCGCCAUCUUUCCAGAAUUGCCGUAUUCUGUCGUUGCAGGGUCCAUCUACUUCAACUGCUGGUACUGGGGUGUUUGGUUCCCGCGGGAUUCGUUCCGAUCCGGUUUCAUUUGGAUGUUCCUCAUGCUGUUCGAGCUGUUCUAUGUCGGCCUCGGUCAAUUUAUCGCGGCCUUCUCACCAAACCCGCUCUUCGCCUCUCUCCUCGUCCCGACUUUCUUCACGUUCGUCCUAUCCUUCUGCGGUGUUGUUGUCCCAUACAACGGCCUCAACACCUUCUGGAGGUCCUGGAUGUACUGGCUCACCCCGUUCCAUUACCUCCUGGAAGGCUUCCUGGGGGUCGUCGUCCAUGGUGUUCCCCUCCGCUGCGUCUCCAGGGAGGAAUCUCAAUUCACUCCUCCUAGCGGAAUGACUUGUCAGGAAUACGCUGGAUCAUACGCAAGCCAGGUAGGCGGGUACGUUCAAGAUGCAGGAAACGGUCUGUGUGCUUUUUGCCAGUACUCGGUUGGCGAUAACUUUGCUGCAAGCUUCAACGUAUUCUAUUCGCACAAGUGGCGCAACUAUGGCAUAUUCUGGGCCUAUGUGAUAUUCAACUUCAUGGCCGUGUUCUUCUUCUCGUGGCUCUAUCUCCACGGCAUCAGGAACAUGAAGCGAGGUCUGGGUGCACGGAAAUCGAAGAAGGUUGCGAAAAUCUGA